UUGCUUUUCACGCACCAACGAUCCAAACAUCAUUGACAACACCAAACCUCACAAAUUCAGACAAAACUCGCAAAUCACAAUGAAGAGCUUCACUAUCAUUCUCGCCGCACUUGCAGCAACGGCAAUAGCUGCCCCAGUCACUCCCCGGAACCUCGUAUCCGUUCGACGAUCAGUCAGCGAUGAGGAUGUUGCUGCCAGCGUCAACUACAUUCUAGUCCUCGAGAAAGAGACUUCUAGCAAGAUGGACGCCUACCAGGAUGAGGUGGAUGCCGUCCAGGAUCCGGCCAGCGUUCUUGGUCGCCGUUCCGUCAGCGACGAAGAUGUUGCUGCCAGCGUUAACUAUAUUUUGGUUCUUGAGAAGGAGACUUCCAGCAAGAUGGACGCCUACCAGGAUGAAGUUGACGCUGUCCAAAACCCAGCUGAUGUCCUGGGUCGUCGCUCUGUCAGCGAUGAGGAUGUCGCUGCUAGCGUCAACUACAUCUUGGUGCUCGAGAAAGAGACGUCCAGCAAGAUGGAUGCCUACCAAGAUGAGGUUGAUGCCGUUCAGAACCCUGCCGAUGUUCUUGGAAAGUAGGUACAUUGCCGCAGAGCUACGAAUAUACUUUCACUUAGUAAGAUCCCCUCACCGCUGGUGGGCACCAGGUUGCUAACCAAGACUAGGGGCUCUACCAAUGUUCCACACUCCUUUGGCGAUUUCCUUGGCCUUAGAUUUGUGAGCAGGAAAGAAGAUGA